AUGGGUAUCUCCAUGGACGACAAACGCGAGGCUACGCCGAUAGACGCAGAUGAUGGACAGAAAGAGGGGACGGAGGGCGAAGUCGGGGUCCCGUAUAGUAUCUACUCGACCAAGGAGAAGUGGUUGGUUGUUGCCAUGGUGGCUUUGGCCGGGUUUUAUAGUCCUUUGCCAGCCAAUAUUUAUUUUCCCGCUAUACCGACCAUUGCUCGCGCAUUCCACAAGUCGGUCGAUGAUAUCAAUCAAACCGUCACUGUAUACCUCGUCUUCCAGGGUAUAUCGCCCAUGCUCUGGGGUCCUAUUAGCGACCGCCAUGGACGACGCUUGGUCUAUCUCGUCUGUUUGAGUAUCCUCGUUGCCUCCAGUAUCGGCAUGGCGCUCUGUCCAACGGAUGCCUACUGGCUUCUUCUCUUCCUCCGAUGUUUCCAAUCUGGGGGAAGCGCGAGUACAAUUGCCCUUGGCGCAGGCGUCAUUGGCGACAUCUCGACGACGCGGGAAAGAGGCGGAUACUUUGGCAUGUUCAAUCUCGGGCCCAUGCUUGCACCCUGUAUCGCACCAGCCAUGGGCGGUGCAUUGUCACAAGGCCUGGGCUGGCGAUCCAUCUUCUGGGCAAUCGUCAUCAUGGUUGCAGUCUGUCUUCUCUUCAUCGCGCUAUUCCUCCCAGAAACACUGCGCUCCAUUGCAGGAAAUGGUAGCAUACCCGUAGCCCCGUACCUUCGCCCCGUCGUGCCCAUCGUCGGACAAAAGACAAGUCUGCAAGCUUCCGAUGGCGAAUCCCGCGCAAAGCCAAAGCACUCGGUCAACCCUUUUGUCCUCUUCACCUACCCGGAUGUCAUUGUCCUCCUCAGCUUCACCGGCAUGGUCUACGCCGUGAACUACACAAUCACCGCCACCAUCUCCUCGGCCUUUGCCAGAAUUUACCCCGAACUCUCCGAGACCGUCCUCGGACUCUGUUACCUCCCUGUAGGUGCUGGCAUGAUCAUCGGCAGCGUCAUGACGGGCAAGUUCCUUGACUGGGAAUACGCACGUAUCAAGAGGCGCAGUGGCGACAACUUCACCAUUGAGUAUGCCCGCCUGCGACUUAUGCCUUUCAACCUCACAAUCUUCGUUGUCUGUGUAGUCGGCUGGGGCUGGGCCAUCCAGACGCGCGUACACAUGGCCGUCCCGCUCAUUCUCUCCGUCUGUCUGGGAUGGACAUCCAUGGGCAUCCUUAACACAACCAUGACGCUCAACAUUGACAUUUUGCAAUCGCGCAGCUCGGGCGCAACGGCUUGCACCAACUUUGUGCGCUGCUCGCUUGCCGCGAUCAUGAUUUCAAUCAUCGAUCGCAUGAGUCGGGCGUGGGGUGAUGGCUGGACGUAUACAUUCUGGGGCGGCAUCUCUGCGAUGCUGUUACCGCUCAUGUUGUUGGAGAUCAAAAUGGGCCCGAAAUGGAGGAGGAAGAGAGAGGAUGCUGAAACGGCGCGACUGGAGGCCUUGUGA